CCUAAAACGGCCACAGUAGAAACUUGAACAAUGGAAUCUACCCUCCCCUCCUGACUGCCGGAGAUUAGCAAGCAUGGCUGCGCUUCUGGGCACGUCACUUCCGGUUGAUUCUUUGCAGUAGUAGCUCCAGGAGCCGCUUUAGAGAAGUGGCAGGAUGGCAGCUAAAGAAAAUGUCAGUCUGCCCUUCAAGCUCUAUUGCUUGCUGGUAAUGACCCUUAUUGCUGCUGCAUAUACUGUAGUUCUUCGCUACACCAGGACGGCAACAAAAGAAAUGUACUUUUCCACAACAGCCGUAUGCAUCACAGAAGUUAUUAAGUUGCUCCUGAGUGUGUGCAUUCUGGCAAAAGAAACUGGAAGUCUUAGUAGAUUGAUAACUUCUUUAAAGGACAAUGUAUUGGGGAGUCCUGUGGAGAUGCUGAAGCUGUCCGUACCAUCCCUGGUUUAUGCUUUGCAGAAUAACAUGGCUUUUGUAGCUCUGAGCAAUCUUGAUGCUGCAGUGUAUCAGGUCACUUACCAGCUGAAAAUCCCCUGCACUGCAUUGUGUACUGUAUUGAUGUUGAACCGCUCACUAAAUAAGCUGCAGUGGGUUUCUGUGUUCAUCUUGUGUGGAGGUGUCACCCUAGUGCAGUACAGUCCAGCAGAAGCCACUAAAGUACAGAUUGAACAGAAUUAUUUACUGGGCAUAGGUGCUGUUGCCAUUGCUGUGCUGUGUUCUGGAUUUGCAGGGGUUUAUUUUGAGAAAGUUUUAAAAAGCUCAGACACUUCCCUGUGGGUGAGGAACAUCCAGAUGUAUCUUUCUGGCAUUUUAGUGACGGCAUUAUGUGUAUACAUAUCUGAUGGAUCGCAAGUCAUUGAAAAGGGCUUUUUCUAUGGCUACAAUUUCCUAGUAUGGAUUGUCAUUUUGCUUGCAAGUUUUGGAGGCCUCUACACAUCAGUUGUUGUUAAAUACACAGAUAAUAUCAUGAAGGGAUUCUCUGCAGCAGCCGCCAUUGUCCUGUCCACCAUUGCAUCAGUGAUUCUUUUUGGUUUACAGAUAACUUUAACGUUCGCCAUUGGUGCACUGUUUGUUUGUGUGUCAAUAUACACAUACGGAUUGCCAAGAAAAGACACAACUACGAUAGACGUAAAGGAGCUUAGCAACAACCUCAGUGGAAAACUGAUCAGUGUGUGACGUUUGCCAGAGCAUGACCGCUGAGACUGUUACAGAGGUAACCCAGAAAAAUCAAGGACAAGUUGCAUUACUCCUUGCUUCAGGCCGUGAAGAAGCAGGCAGUAUUUGGGCCUGUCCUGGCAUGGCUUUAAAAACCAUGCUUAAAGCUGAAUGUAACAUGUGCAGGACUAUAUCAUAUGGAAGGCCAAAUCAUGUAUGUCCCAAGCAGUGGUGUAUUUAAUUGCUCAGUAUUGCUUUAAGUUAACUGAAAAGUUAACAUCUUGUAAAAGUUACAAUGAAGCAAGUAGCGUAUGAAGAAUUUUUUGCAAAGAGAAUGCCAAAUGAGGGUAAACGACUGCAACUCAUUAAAGAAUUAGUAGAACUAAUUGUGUACUGCAUGCAAGUAAAUGGCCAGUGCCAGUGGAAUAUGCUGCAGUUGUGCCCAAAUGAAGAGACUUACGCUCAAAUGCAGACAGAUUUUGCCAUCUUUAGAAUAUUCUUUUUGUUUUCACUGCUGCAGUAUUUUCAGACUUGGAAACAUGUAGUUAUUUUAUUUGCACUUUUUAAAUUUUUUAUGGGAUUGUUAGACUGAAGGCCAAGAUUUUUUUUUUUUUUUUUAAAUUAUGAAGGUAAUAAAAUUUUCUCAGUAAAAUU